UCGAGCAAAGGGGGGGCUCGCUCCCGCGGAAACGCGCCGCGUGCCUGCGUAAAACAAGUGCCUCGCUUUCCCGGUGCCAGAUGUGGAAGGCCGAUGCGCACGCCGCGUGCGUAAAAACCUUUAUUUCCUAACCUAACCCCACCCCCAGGGUCCGAGCGUUGUUGGGGGGCACAGAGCCUGGAUCGGCGGGGGAAGCAAGCGGCGGACCCGCGCAGCCGGCGAGGCUGGCUUUUCCUGGGACACUUCUCCCAGUUGGGCGAGGGAGUGCAACGCGCCGAGCUCCGCCCCUUUGCGCGAACUCCCGCUGCCGCCUGCUCGGCUAAGCCGCCGCUCAGAAGCCUUGCGCUUGGUGGCGAGGCGGGCGGGCGAGCGAGCGAGCACAUCCCCGAGGGAAGCGGCCAGGUCGGAGCCCGGGGUCCUGCCCUCUCUCCGCGUAUGGCUCUCGGCAAGUAAGCGCGCUCGCUCCUCCCUCCUUCCCGGGAUCGCCCGGGCUAUCAUGCGCGCCUCUCGGUGGGCUCUCCAGGGCAGCUCGCCGGCCAAGUGAUCGGUCCCUCCGCGGCGCGCUCGGCUGCCCCUUCUUUUUAAUGCGCGGCUCUUUCGGCCGGCCGCCUCUCCCGCCGCCGCCGCCGCUGCCCAGCCCGCCGGCUCCCUGGCUCUGCCCCCCGUGACGGAGAUGCGCGCGGCGGGGUGGUUCAAGCGGCGGGCGGCGGAGGCGGCUGCCGCCCGGCUGCUGGUGUGGCUCCUCUUGGGCGCCUGGGCUGUGGAGCUGCGCUGCGCCCUGGCCGACUUCACGCUGGAGAACGAGGUGCACUCGAGCUUCAUCCACCGGAGGCUCCGCAGCCAGGAGCGCCGGGAGAUGCAGCGGGAGAUCCUCUCCAUCCUGGGCUUGCCCCACCGGCCGAGGCCCCAUCUGCACGGCAAGCACAACUCGGCGCCCAUGUUCAUGCUGGACCUCUACAAUGCCAUGUCGGUGGAGGAGGAGGGCGCCGGAGGCAGCGACGGCGGAGAGGGCUACUCCUACCCUUACAAGCCCAUCUUCAGCACCCAGGGGCCGCCCCUGGCCAGCCUGCAGGACAGCAACUUCCUCACCGAGGCCGACAUGGUCAUGAGCUUCGUCAACAUGGUGGAGCAUGACAAGGAGUUCUAUCACCAGCGCAGCCAUCGCCGCGAGUUCCGGUUUGACCUCUCCAGAAUCCCCGAGGGUGAAACAGUGACCGCUGCUGAGUUUCGAAUUUACAAGGACUAUAUCCGAGAACGCUUUGAUAAUGAAACAUUCCAGAUCAGUGUCUACCAGGUCCUCCAGGAACACCCAGGAAGGGAUUCAGAUUUGUACUUGCUCGACACUCGGACAAUUUGGGCCGCGGAAGAAGGCUGGCUAGUGUUUGAUAUUACAGCAACCAGUAAUCACUGGGUGGUCAACCCACAACACAACCUUGGCUUGCAGCUAUCAGUGGAAAGCAUAGAUGGUAUGUUUCCGAAAGGGCAAAGCAUCAAUCCCAAGUUAGCUGGUCUUAUUGGAAGACACGGCCCGCAAAACAAGCAGCCCUUCACCGUGGCUUUCUUCAAAGCCACAGAGGUGCAUCUCCGCAGUAUCCGUUCCGCAGGAGGCAAACAGCGGAACCAGAACCGGUCGAAGACGCCAAAGAACCAAGAAGCCUUUCGGGUGUCAAACCUCGGAGGUAUGCCGGCAUUAGAAAACAGCAGCACUGACCAGAGACAAGCUUGCAAGAAACAUGAGCUCUAUGUCAGCUUCAGGGAUCUUGGCUGGCAGGACUGGAUCAUUGCUCCAGAAGGUUAUGCUGCGUAUUACUGCGAGGGAGAGUGUGCCUUUCCAUUGAACUCUUACAUGAAUGCAACAAACCAUGCUAUUGUACAAACACUGGUUCACUUUAUAAACCCAGAUACAGUGCCGAAGCCUUGCUGUGCCCCAACGCAGCUCAACGCCAUCUCCGUCCUCUAUUUUGACGACAGCUCUAACGUCAUUCUGAAGAAAUACCGGAACAUGGUGGUGCGAGCCUGUGGCUGCCAUUGAACAUUCAAAUCGGGAAAGCCGCUUGCAGCUUGCAGAAUGUGCAGGUUGUGUGUGCCGUUGUCUUAUAACAUGUGUCGUUAGAAAGAAAAGAAACCCUUCUUUGAAAACAUGCCGCAGUUCUUAGGAACACCGUUUCUGAAGUGGCCAAAGAAAAGAAACGCAGACACAAGCGGCACCUUGAACAAUUUUGGCUUCCAAAUAAGCAUCAUUCUGCAAACUGAUGCACAAGGAAAACAAGGACUGAGGAUCGGUUUUGUAAACAGGUCCGUACUUCCGUAAGGCAAGCAAAACCUGUCCAAAAGUGCUUUGUCAAGGGGGAAAUGAACCUUUUUAACAACAACUAAAAGCCAUCUGUAGUGGGAAACAUGCUUGUGUGUGUGAUUGCGUGUCUGUUGUGUCAGGGAGGGGUUUGUAAAAGUUACUUUUAGAGAAAUGAAUUGUUUGAACUGAAAUGAGUGAAUUAAGCUGCCUGAAUGAACCAGUGAUUCUGUUAAAAAUUACUUUGGAUGUGUAAAUCCUGACUUUUUGUUUUCAUGGAUAUUUCUAUCUUCCCAUAACAUUUUACAUGUUUGGCACAUUUCACCACCAAAGCGGUACUGCAAUUCUUGCAAAGCAGAUCUCAAUUGGUGUGUGUGUGUGUGUGUGUGUGUGUGUGUGAGAGAGAGAGAGAGAGAGAGAGAGAGAGAGACAGUGCAAUUGAGAGAUUUACAGCUGUGCAUCAUGUUCCCCAAUCAAAAGCAAUAGAAAUCUAGAAUAGUUGUGGCUUAUUUGUGCAUCAUGUUCCCAUCCUAACACACCGACAGCCAUAUAAACUGCACACGUAUCUGAUUCACUGUCAUGUAUCUCCAGUACAGUUGACUUAAUUGUGUGACACCUUGCACAAUUAAGCCACUACAGAACUCCUAUUUUUAUAUUUUAAAAAUUUGCUGUAAACCAACAAUAAAAUUUGCAAAACUGGUUCCUUUUCAUAACAUUUAGCCACAACAACAAAUGAGCAGUUUUUACUCUAGGAACAGAAAAUCAUUGUCAUUCUCCGCAUCCUUAAACUUUCUUUCAUUUGAUUUACUUCCAACUCCAUAGGCGAUAGGAAUACUUAGGCCUCCAAAACAGUGGACCUCUUUUGGUGUCUGGAAGGGAUGUGCUUGUCACAAGGAUUUUAUUUUCCUGAGCAGCAUCCUCUCUCAGAUUCUAAUAUUCUGUAGUGCUGGUUUUAAUCCUCCCCAAAUCUGGCAUGGCAGGGGGGGUACUAUAGCAUGUAUCCAGCAGCAUUCCACGGAAAAAUAUUAUUGAUAAAUUUUUAAUAUUUCUUGUAAACCGCUUGGAGGUUUUAUUACCAUCCAGUGGCAUAUGAAUUGUGUUAAAUGAAUAAACACUGGGCAGAGUUCUGUAUCUUACCGAUGUGGAUGAGGAAAUGGACAGGAUCCUUAUCAAAUUGGGAAGGUCUGCAACACUGUAAAGGACAGGUCAUACAUUCAGAAGUAUGACUUGGGGGACAGAAUUAAAUUCAGAAGAACCCAUUUGCUGAGAAACUGGAUAGGCGUCAGGGAUUUUAAGAAAGAUUUAGGAACUACAGUUGAUGACCAACUUGUACACAAAUCAACAGUAUGAUGUUAAGACAAAUAUCAUUUUAGGUUGCACCGACUGGUAGAACUGUUCCAAAACUUGAGGUGUUUUUGUGCUCCUGAGCUUAAGAUGUCUGUAUCUGAAGCACUGUGUUUCGUUAUUUGUACUACUUUCAAAAAGAGGUUUGGGACUCUGGAAAAGUUUUGAGGGGGAAGAUACCAAGAUUAGUAAAUGGGAAGGAAGACUAAAGGUAGCAGGCCUCUGAACACUGGGAAGGGAUAACUUAACUUGCAGGAUUAUUUUCCGCAAGAUGAAGAUGGCUUUUCAAAAAGCAUUUGGAGCACAGAGGAUAGCUCUAUCAAGGACUAUUAAGUGCUACAGCUAAAUCCCAAUUUUCCAUACAUACACAUACAAAGUCCCUUCUAAAAAUAUAAUGAAUGAACACAGAGAUCUUAGGAACAAAUCAGACUGGUUAAUUUUGUGGGGAGCAGGUGGGAUUUGUGUAUCUUGGUUGGCCAAAAGCCUGUUUUGCUGGCGAAGUCAUGCUUGGAAAUUUGUGGGACUGAACAAAGUGUCCACAGCAAAUUUUGUCUGUUGCUGGUGGGACCUCAAGGUGUUACCAAGGACUCUCCAAAACCCCACAUUAUCAAAGAUGUGACUGAAUACCUUUUAUACUAAUUGGAAUUUUAUUACCCUGCAUAGCUUAUUAUGCCUUACGAUGCUAAAUCCUUUUAGAAUGUAGACUAAAUUAUGCAGAACAAAAGAAGUUGUACAGACCUGUACAGUUCAUAGAUAAAACCCCUGUUUUGCCCACCGAAUGUUUUGGACCGUGAUUCCUAUUAGCCUCCAUCACGUUGGAUGGGCUAAUAGGAGUCAUCGUCCAAAAUAUCUGGAGGGCACCAAGUUGGGGGGGAAGGCUGGCCUGAGACAAGGGUGCUAACCUUCAACCCUAGGCCUAAGAACACAGUGACUUGCCCAAUAAAUAGCCAGAGGGAUUCAUGUCCAAGCCAGGAUCUGAACUGUGCUCUUCCAGACCACGGUAUUUGCUACCAGAAGUAGCAAGAACGUCUUCUCUAAAAAGUUCCUUACAUCCACCAGUCGCAGCCUCAAAAUUCAGACAUGAUUUGGUGCAAGAAAUAUCAGGCAUCAUAAAUAACCAGCAGUCCUCUGUCUCAUUGUACAUUUCAACGAGGCCUUGGUGGAAAAAGGGAGGGGGGAGAAAAUGACUUUUAAACACCCAAAAGUGCAGCAUUCAUGUGAGAGAACAACUGAGAAGGUUUGAGAUCCACAGCACAUCUGUUGUUGUCAUUCAGCGCAUGGGGUUUUGCAAACCUCCAAUGAGGGUAGAAGGGUCCUGCUAUCACAGUGGGGUUCGUGCUGCGAUGAGGCGGCCUUUUUCUUAUGGCUGCCCCUAGCAAGCUGGCAAAUUUGGGGCCUGGGUGAAAGGCCGCAUGUUCUCCAGACAGAGCCUACUACUUGGGCUAGCAACAGGCGCUUUCUGGCAGCGUCUGAAACCUCAGCUUGUCCCUGGGCUCGCUGGUGCUGAUGUUGGUCAGGACCUCCUCUGAAAGAGGACACUUCCUCGUCCUACUUCACAGAGUCAGAGGAAAGGUAUCAUACUUGUUGCUGGAGCGCAGCCACAUGAGGAAGAGUAGGAAUUGACAUAUCUGCUUGCCUACCUACUUCUCCCUCUGGCACCAUGGGGGUGGGGGUUGGUCUCUGUGGGGAGGAGUGGACCCCAGAUAGGGUGCGUGUAUUGCAUGAGGGGCACACACCCACACCCAGAAACCCUUUAAAUGAUCAUACCGUCAUAAGCGGUGGUUAUACAAUCACCUCGGCAUGUCUUUACCUUCACCUUCUGAUCAGGAAUUUCAGUUCACAUUCCCCCAAAAAAUAUUUUCAAAAAACAAAUUUCUUUAUUAAGAAAAUGCCUAUGGGGUUCUUCAACUCCCAAGGCUGCCAUUAUUAAAAAUGCAAUUACAAGUUAAACAAGGAGGAUUUGGUAUUCCAAAUCCAGAACUAUAUUCCCCAAGCGAUAAAUUUUCCGAAUUAGGCAAUCCUGGAAUAUACAUAUAUAGCUCCUUUAUCUUGAUGGACAGCAUUGGGAUCAAAGUAUAUUAAAACUUUUUCUCGCCGUGUUUUAUCUCUGAUCAGAAGGUACAUAAUCAGAUACUGGUGUAUAACCACAUAAAAUUGGUCUGGGCCAACAAAUAUUUCACCCAAGGCCCUGCAGCGAUGUCUGGCUUACCUGUUUGUUGUGGACCAUCGGGGGCCUCUGCAAGACCUGGAACUGUUCCUGCCUUGUUAUCUUCUCCCCCACUUAGCUUUGCAACAGUCCCUGCCCAGGCAGCCCAUGCCAGAGAAGCCAGGAUGGGGAAGUGCCUAGACCUCUGGUGCGUUAUUAUAGAAAAGUUCAGCCACCUAAUUAUCUACUUCUAGGGGUUUGAUAAGCCUUGUUCAGGGAACUCAGAUGCUUCUUUUAAGGCUAACGAUACAUAAGAAACACCUUCUGAGUGUGUACGCGUAUAUUAUAUGGGUGAGCUCCAGUGCCUUGUUGCCCUGUUGAUUGCUGUUCUAUAGGUGGCAUAAACUGUUUCACUGUAUACCCUCCAGUCUCUUCUUUUUAAGAUAUGUUUUAUGGGGAUAUUGUUUUUCCUGGGGUAAUAAAUGGCAGGCUCUCUGCCCAUCUCUGUGUAAACUCCGCAUUGUUUGUACAUGUUUGUGUAAAUAGUUUUCACGAAAGCAAGAACAAAAAUUAUUUAUUUCAGCUUCUGGAUUUUUCUCUCCCCUCCAAUCACGUUCAGGAAAAAUAUAUAUAUCUUCAUCUCUCCUUUGAGCACAUUUUGUUUCCUUAUUUAAAGAUAUUUAUUAACAACUGUUGGCGCAAAAAGAAAACUAUACAUUUUGGGUCCUUUCCCCCCCCUUAGAGCAGUUGUUUUUAGAAGGUUGUUUGUACAAUUUAAUCAAAUAAAUCAUUGCUGUUUUACA